GCGGCAAAAUCUUAAGGCCAAAUGGGGGUACCCCAAGAGCCCACCAUCACCACGAGGGAGGAGGAAGAGAAGGACAAGUGGGUCAUCGAAUCUAAACCUCAUAGCAGCAGCAGCCCCACCGCCGCCCGUAUCGCGUCGUCUCCGCGCGUACCUGUUCGCACCCCAGCCCGCAAGGCCCGCGUCUUGCCACACCAAGAGGUUUUUGGGAAUGUUUCGGGGUCUUGCUUUGUCUCGCACACUCGCUUGCCGGCGGAUUGCUAGACCUGCCCAAUCUUCUGCCUAUGUCCUCGUUAGGAGGUGGCAUAGCAGCUGCACCGGAUCGCAUACCGGUAGCGACGAGCUUCUCCUCUAGAUUAUGGCCAAGUCUGACACCUCGAACUGGGAUCCGGUAUACUAGGAUCGGUCCGGAGGCCGGACCCUCCCCCGAUCGGGUGUCGCUGAUGUUUUGAUCUGGGCCGAGUGAGCGGGGCGGCUAGGAUGUGAAACAAUCGGUCUCAGUACGAUUUCCAAUGUUGACUCCGUUUGUCCAGUGAGGGCUUCGGAAGUGCAGCCCUCGGGUUUUGUCGUGAAAUUUAGGAGCUUUUCCUCUGUUACACUCGACUUUGAUUGUUUCCAAAGCAGGGUUAUUUUCUUAAAAUUUCGAGAUAGAUAGAUCGGCAGAGGAGUGUGGGGAUUACUGGUUUGGACACUCUUCAUUUUAGGUGGUGGCUCCUGAUUGUAGUCAGAUGGUCCUUGUGGAAGUCGACUCAACAGGAAGCAGAUCCUGGAACACAGCUUCUUGCCUGUCUCGUCAGUGCAGACUCUGCACAUUUCCUCACCCAUGUUCAAAUACUCAGGAGGAUAAAGCUUUCAUAUCGUGCAACCAAGCAUAGACAGAUGUGGACUACAAAGAGUUAGAUCUGGGAUCCUUAUCGAUGCGUCAUAUAAAUCCAGGGGCUGGUUCUUUUCUCCCUCUCGUCCUGAGACUUACUCAACGGCAUUGAAUAUUUGAGCAACUAGGUCGAGCUGGCUCACACAGUGUUGACACAAGUUCGGCUGGAUUCGAAGGACUUCCCAGGUUGUAGUGACUGCUCAAGCUUGGAAGAAGGAUUACGUGGUCGUCCCAAAGAGAUGGGGUCGUUAUGGGGUCACACGCCCACCUCAGAUGCAGUGGCUGGAAACCGAGACCUUACGCAAGUUCUUCACAGUCCUCGCGUUGGUGGAAGCAACAGCGCGUUUCAUCCCAUGAGCAGGCGGUCGCUCUCCCAGAAGCGUAUGCAGGAACCAUCGCCUUAUUUGCUUUUAAAAUAUUUCAAGACCCAGCGCAACCAUGAGGGUGACGACUCUCCUCGCGACUCAACUAACAGGUCGGAGCACGGCGGGGACAACUCGAAACCGCACAAGAGAGAGUAUCACUUCUCAAGGUUCGCAGACGCCGCUUCUCAACAUGCCAGUGGAGUGUGCUGUUGGUUUAGUGAUAUGAAGGGAAUGAAAAGAAACUGGCGACAGGCUGCUUUCUAUGUCUCUGCUCUCCUGGUCGUCACAUUUAUGGUUGUGAAGAUUUUGAAACUUGGAUUGUAUUCCAUUCACGAUCAAUCCUCGGAUGUCGCCAAGUUUGAAAGAGAGGACAUUGUGUUAGCUUCGGGUGGUGUCAAGACAAGUAACGCCAUUGAUGGAAGUAAGGUUGAUGUUCUUGCUGAUCUAUCAGGUCUGAAGAUGCCUCACACUCGACACGAAGACCGCCGUAAGAUACAAGCUUCAUGGCCCAGUGACAUAUGGUUGAAGCCGGACAGUCGCAACUACGGCCAGUGUAUUGAUCGAACCAAGAAUUCAGACAGGCCUAGAGCUAAGCCGAACGGCUACAUUCUAGUAAAUGCCAACGGUGGUUUAAACCAGAUGCGAUCAGGGAUUUGUGACAUGGUGGCUGUUGCGAAGCUGAUGAAUGCUAUCCUUGUCGUCCCUAAACUUGACCACGGUUCCUUCUGGGCGGACCCAAGUGAAUUCAAGGACAUCUUUGAUUUGCAGCACUUCAUUGAGUCACUUCAGGAAGACGUGACCAUCGUGGAGGCUCUACCACCCCACCUCGCCGAUAUUGAGCCCGUCAGCAAAGCUCCCAUCUCUUGGUCGAAGGCGUCGUACUACGAGACCGAGCUGGUGCCUUUGCUCAAGCAGAGCAAGGUUCUCUACUUCACCCACGCGGAUUCAAGGCUAGCAAAUAAUGACCUGCCUGACUACGUUCAGCAGCUCCGAUGUCGCGUCAAUUACCGAGCACUGCAGUACUCACAGCCCAUUCGACACUUGGCGGGCAUACUCAUAAAGCGUAUGCGUGAGGAUAGUUCUUACUUAGCUCUACAUCUGAGAUACGAAGAGGACAUGUUGGCGUUCACAGGCUGUACACAUGGUCUGUCCCCUGAGGAAGCCGAGGAGCUCAAGCAGAUGCGGUAUGGGGUCAAGCAUUGGAAGGAGAAGGAGAUAGAUGGCGAAGAGAAGCGCAAGCUGGGUGGGUGUCCCCUCACGCCUCACGAAACAGGGCUCAUGCUGAAAGCUUUGGGUUAUCCUUCCUCAACCAAGAUCUAUAUUGUUGCUGGGAAGAUCUAUGGCCGGGGCACCAUGAACAGUCUCCAUAAAGAGUUUCCGAACGUGUAUGAUCAUGCAACUCUUGCGACGGAGGAGGAGCUGGCUCCCCUGUCGAAGUAUCAGAAUCGGCUGGCGGGACUGGACUACAUGGUGGCCCUCGAGAGUGAUGUCUUUGUUUACACAUAUGAUGGGAAUAUGGCGAAGGCUGUUAUGGGUCACCGACAGUUCGAGGGUUACCGAAAAACUGUCAGCCCGGACAGAGAGCGGCUAGUGAAGCUGAUCGAUGACUACGAAGCAGAAAUGAUCACAUGGAAAGAGUUUGAGACCCAGGUGCGAAGGGUUCAUAACAAUCGCAAUGGAGCUCCGAGAUGGCGGCAGCGUGGAGAAGUACCCAAGCUGGAGGAAAACUUCUACUCAAACCCUUACCCGGGUUGCAUAUGCAAGAAGAAGCCUUACAGUCGGCGGUUGCUCAAGAGACCAUGAAGAUGAGAGCCGUAACACCGAAUUAGGAACUUGAGCAGAAUGAAGUAUUAGCGUUUUUGUAAUCUUAUUACCAGCUGCGAAUACCAGUGCGAGCGGGAUGCAAUCGUAUCCCUGAUGAUCACACUGGAAGGGGUUUCUAGCUAUGAACUGCACCGGAUUAAGUUAGUUCAGGCAGCAGUUGUUAGCAAUUGAUGCUAUUUUUUUUCUGUCCCUUGUGGGAAUUACUUGGAUGUGGGCUUGCUUCUUGUCUCAUCUCUGACGUGUCUAAGCAUGCCUCCAUCGUCUAAAUCUUCGAGAGAACAUCCUUCUGCGAGUACUGAUGAGAGCUGAUAGAUUAAUUAUUCUCGAGAAACGAGGCAGUAGUGAUUCGGUUUUAGUUUACUGCUGCGGAGUGUUCCACUGAAGUAUUCUCUCAUUGUUCAAGUGUACAUUAAAUAAUGCAAUCACAUUUUAUGA